AUGACCACCAACUCAUCCGUUGACACCCGACACAAUGAGCUCAAACUGGAAGUUGAAAAGCUCCAUUCCCUAGAGCAAAAAUGCCUCCAAGGACUUGCAAACCAUGAGAUGAACUUCCAGCAGAACGUCACCAAUAAGCCAGAGAGCUAUGAGCAGCAAUUUGCCAAGACAACAAGAGAUGCAAUGGUCAGUACGUACUCCUUCUUGUACUUGAACAAUCUGAAGGAAGAGAAGACCAUCGAGCUUCAGGGAAUCGAGAAGAGGAUGCAGGAUCUAAAGAAAUCUUAA